AUGGACAGUCCGACCGUGAAGAGGCCUGACACUUCCCAGUCCUCGGCCGCCGUGCCUUUGUCGUGUACCUUGUGCAGGAAACGUAAAAUCAAGUGUGACAAACAGAAUCCAUGUUCGAAUUGCGUAGCCUCGUCAAAGGAGUGUGUUCCAAUCGUUCGCGCCAGGUUGCCGCGUGGGAGAAAUGGUGGUCGAAAGGGCGUGAACACAGAACUACGCAACAGAAUCAAUCGCUUGGAAGGCCUUGUUCAGUCUCUCAAUUCUGGCUUGCUACCGGAAAACACUACUCUCGAAUCUGUGCCACAAAAGACGCGAAACAACAGCGACGCCAAGACAGCUGCUUCUUCGGGCUCGUCGACCAAGAAGCAACAAGCAUGGGAUCCGUAUGACACUACUCCAGAUACUACAAAGUGGCCAUUGGGAUCAACACUCUGGGCUCAACUAGCCCAUGAGCUCAAUGAUAUUCAUGCAGUACUCGAUAAUGAGGACGACCACAACGACCAUGAUGAUGAUGACAUUGACACAAGCUCACCCUCUGUACCUACAGAUAGCAAUGGAACCCCAAGAGAUCUGCUAUUCACCUCACCGCCAGUCACUGAUCCAUUCGUCUCGGACAAUGAUGUGUUAGAGUACAUCAAGAUCUUUCGACGCAACGUCGACUACAUCCUGAGCUUCGUCCAUUUGCCUAGCUUUGAGAAGCUCUUAACAGCGAAAGAACCAUAUCUGGGAGAAGCUCCGGAUAACCCAAGCACACAGGUACUCGUUGCUAGCGCGUUCUAUGCUUGCAUCUGCAGUAUAAGCAAUUCACACUGCCUGAGUGCCUUUAGCAAGAGGAAAGAAGACUUGAGGAACGAGUGGCAACAAGCAACCUUUCAAUGCCUCGCAAAGGCUGAACUCCUCAAAAGACCGAGCCUGGUGACCCUGCAAGCGUUGUUACUCUACAUAGCGGCUUUAAGAUCACAUCAGAACGAUCAACAAAGUUGGAUGUGCAUAUCUCUAGCAGUCAGGAUGGCGCAAUCCCUGCAACUGCACAGAGAAGAGUCUUACAACAGACCACCCUGGGGCCUAGCUGAAGUACGCCGACGCACUUGGUACACUCUGAUAGCACUGGACUAUCAAGCAGCUAUGGACCGAGGGAGUGAUCUGAUGAUUGUUACGAACGGGUGGACCACCAAGCCCCCAACUGAUUAUCUCGACUCGAAUUUUGCCCUGGACGGUCCUGUACUACUGUCAGAUGCAAAUUCUCCGACCAGCAUGGUCUUCUACAACAUUCACUGCCGCAGUAAUCGGCUCUUGAGAGAGCUGAAUUGGGUGCUGCCAGGUGAAGCAGAAAAGCCUCCUACGGCGAUACAGAGCUCGUGGAAGGUGAGACAGGAAGCCAUCGCACAUAUGGAGCGUACAUUCGAAGACGAAAUUCUGUCACACAUCCGAGUAGAUGGCGUUUUCCGCUUUGCCUGUGUCAGCUUCACCAAAGUCCUCGUUAGGUGCGCACAGUUGUACGCGGUACGACCACUUCAGCGACACUCCGAUUUGACCCUGCCUCCGCCCGAACAAAUGAACAUCUUGCUUAUCGCUGUGGAAGCGCUUGAAGUCAAGCGGAGCUUGUUGAGCGAGAGCACUGAGCCAUGGCAUUGGAUCAUCAAAGGCUUUGUGGAUUGGCAUGGCUUAGCCGUCCUGCUGGCGGAGCUCUGCAACCCAGAUCAGCACGAUGCACAACUUCUAGAGAGGGCGUGGAACAUCGGACUGAUCUCCUUCGACGAACUCUCUGGUCAGAUUGCCGAAGGCGUCCAAGGUCCACUGUGGAGGCCGAUCAAGAAGCUCAUGCGAGUUGCGCAGAAGAAACGCGAAGAGAGAUCAGCGCAACCCCCGGCCAUGGUCAUACCAACACCUUCUGCAAACUUCACGGACGACUUGGCUGCCUACACGACUUCAGCGAUGGAUCUGACGGCAAUGUACCCGCUAGCAGACGCUAGUCAAGGUUGGAAUACUAUGCAAUCCGAUCCCUUGCAGGCAUCGUGGUUCAACUGGCAGUCUUUCACUGAUGAUGUCGCGACUUUGAAUAAUGGAUUCGGCUGGGGCGCGAUGGAGUUUGAUCCAGUCUUUGACAGCCUAUAA